AUGACUAAGCAAAUGUUUAUCUUACCAGGGUUACAAACUUGUGAGCAUAUAAAGCAUGCUACUGCUGUUCCUAAAUUGCCUUUGGUGCUAGGGGAUGAUCAACAUGGCAGAAACAUGGCAGCUGAAGAUAGAUUGAACAACAAGAAAAAGCGGAAAAAGGUCUACAACCAUUAUGCUAACGGCUCCGGUUGGUGGGACUGCGACAUGGAAGGUGUUGAUUCGGAGGAAGUAGGGUUUGGUGAGAUAUGGGAAGGUGUGGGAUCUACAACGUUCGGUGGAAUAGAUUGGCACUAA